UAAUCUUGUUAUUAGACGAAAAUCUCAUAUCAGUGAUCUAGUUACUACACAUGACUGACAAAUCAUGGACGUUGAUUGAUUUAAUAUCACUUUAUUAAGUUUGUGUAUAUAUAAGUUCGCUAACUUUAAUUAUACGGAUCCAGCAUUUGGGAUAUAAUGGCGUGGAAAAAAGUGACUUUCUCCCUGUCCAACAUGAACAAGAGCGGGCGGGCUGCUCUGGCUCGGAGUAAAAGCAUCGACCACCAGAUCGACGAGGAACGUGAGAGAAGACAGAGGGAGGUCCAGUUGUUAAUUUUAGGUGGUGCUGGGUCAGGCAAGAGUACCUUUAUCAAACAACUUCGCCUCCAUUACGGCGAUGGUUUCCCCGACACGGAACGGGUCAAGUUUAUCAACAACAUUCUACAGAACUGUGCGAACGGCCUGCACAUCAUCCUAGAGCACAUGGAAGUACUGGGGAUCAACUUCGAGAGCGAAGAAUCCAAGAGACUAGCUUCAGAGUUUGUAGCCAGACAUCCUCGAAUCUCCCUACAAGCGAUCCUCAGCAAGUUCAGCGAGGCAGACGACACCCAGGACGACGACACGAUGACGUUGUACUCGCAGCUCGAGCUCAGCAAGCGUCUGUCGAAACUGAACAUCCUCAACCCGGAGAAACCCGACACGGACAUGAUGCAGGCGUUGUGGAACGACAGCGGGGUUCAGUGUUGCUACGCGCAAAGAAAGAAGUUCGUCGUGGAAAAAUUAGCGCAUGGAGAAGAACAUUUCCUGGAGAACUUAGAUCGAGUCUGCCGGAAACAGUUCGUACCUUCAGUUUACGACAUUAUGUUGAUUCGGUGCCCGACGCUCGGUGUACAAGAACACAAGUUUAUAAUCGACAACCUAACGUAUAGAGUCAUAGAUGUCGCUGGUCAAAAGAGUUUACGUAAAAAGUGGAUCCACUUUUUUGAAGGUGUCACUGCUGUUGUAUUUUUCGCAUCAGUUGAUGAAUUUGACGAGAUGCUGGAAGAAGAUCCAACGUUUAACAGUUUACAAGACAGUAUCCAGGCGUUUCACGAGGUGUCUCACAACCUCUUCCUGGAAAAGACGGACUUCGUCUUGUUUCUCAACAAGAAGGAUUUAUUCGUGGAGAAAAUCAAGAAGAGUACCAUCAAAUCGUGUUUUCCAACAUAUAAAGGCGAGCAAACGGUAGAAGCCAGUCUAAAAUAUAUCAAAGACCAGUUUUUGCAACAUAAACCAGGCCACAAGCAAGUCUACAUCCACGUCUCAUGUGCAAUAGACACGUCCUUGAUGAAAGACAUCUUAGCCAACAUUAUUGACAUUAUUGUGGAAUUAAAUCUGAGAAAAGCUGGCAGUUUCUAGAAUGAAUUCUUCGGAAAUGAAUAACAAGAUAUAUAUUUUUGGUUAACACUGAACUUUUGAAGCAAAACCUCACAAACAAGCACAAUGGAAAUGGUUUUUGGGGGUUUUUUUUAACGCAGUAAACAAAACAUAUUUGCUAUGUUUGUGAAAUAAGGAAGCUGUUGGAUCUGUUUAUAGACGUGGACUGCUACAUUUCGAGACGUCAUCCGGAGAUGAAAUAAGUAUCGCAAGAGUAGUUUCCCCUGAAGCACUCUUGUGCUAAAUUCUUUGAAUAAAAUCAAAUCUGGGUUUUUUAAACGUAAAAUAACAGCAUCACUACUCAACUUGGCAUUAAUAUGGAUGGAACUAUGUUCUGUGUUUAACAUCUGUGUUGCAGUAGUUCGUGAACUGGAUUAUUUUAACAACUGGCAAAGAUUACGGGAACGAGUCGCUUUUAGUUGUGGAUUUGGAUUGCAAUUGAUGGAACUAUAUUUUGUGUUUACGUUGUGGAUUUAAUGUUUGGUAUAUUGGAAUGAUCCUUCAUCACGAUAUCGUUAAAGAACCUAUAUGAAUUGAAAGGAUUAAGACUCCAUUAUACAUUUGGAUAUGGAUUACAAUGGGUAGAACUAUUUUUGAUUGUGUUAGGUCUUGAUUGUAAUUUCGUAUACGUGCUGGAACCAUUCAAAGUAACAUCAUUUUGGGAACUAUGCCCGUGCUUAUAAAUCUUUCAAAGUCUGUUAAGAAUUCAGAUUUGGACUCGUAUGAAAUUAGUGUCGACCUAUGUUUGAGUUCGGACUGUGAAAGAUGUAUAUGCUUAAGGUCGUAUAGUUUGUAUUGUUUACACCCUCCAAAGUUUUAAUAUAUUACGUAAAUGGAUACAGGUAAUGUAUGUCAGAACGCAGUCUUUGUGUUGAAGAAAUGGUCCCUAUAAAAUCCAGAUGAUGAAAUGUGCUCCGAUACAAUGGAGCUGGUAUGCAUUCAGUGCAACGAGUGUCUAUAUCGAGCAACCUAAUGUACCUUUGUGCUGCGAAAUGAGCAGUUACACUGUGGCGUGUGCAGUCAUACCGUGGAGUGGUCGUUCAUAUUGUGAAAUGUGCUUUCAUACUGUAAAAUAUGCAUUCAUGCUUUCACAUGUACAUUCAUACAUUGAAGUAUGCAUUCAUGACGUGAAAUGUUAUUUCACCUUGUGAAAUGUGCAUUCGCGUAAACUGAAAUGUUCAUUCAUACUGUGAAAUGUUUAUUCAUACAGUGGAAUGUGCAUUUAUACUGUGAAAUGUUCAGUCGCACUGUGAAAUGUUCAUUCAUACUGUGAAAUGUGCAUUCAUACCGUGAAAUGUGCAUUCACACCGUGAAAUGUGCAUUUAUACCGUGAAAUGUUCAUUCAUACCGUGAAAUGUUCAGUGAAACAGUGAAAUGUUCAUUAUACUGUGAAAUGUCCAUGCAUACUGUGAAAUGUGUAUAUUGUUAUUUUUUCCAUCAGUCAAUGGUAAAAUAAUGUACUAAUAUAAUUAUUAUAUAUGUAUAUGCUACAAACUAUCUCAGUUCAUUAUCAUCAAUAAUAAUAAGCAUUACUUCAAAUACAAGAGGUAACUGUUGAACUAAAUUGUUGCUCAAUGCUGAAAAAAUUAUUUAUUUUGUGUUUUAAUGACAAAUAAUUGAUGUAACUUGUGGGCUAAGACAUGUUUUGUAAUGAUAGUGCUAUCGUUCUCUACUCGGAUAAUUUCUGGUGGUGUUGGUAAGUGUUGAUAUAUAUAUGGUGUUUAUAUUGUAACUCAUCAUGAACUUUAAUAAUCCUAUAAGGAACAUAUUGUUACAUAGGUAUUAAAUGAUCUCUUUUUCUCUCUCUCUCUCUCUCUCUCUCUCUCUCUCUCUCUCUCUCUCU